CGCGCUGCUACAGCUUCAGCAAUGAAGAAAGAGAUUUGGGACCCCCAAUCCACAAAUUCCCUGAAAUGCCUCAGGGAUUCACUAGCUUGGAAAUUCAGUUAAAUCCUAAUGCCAGCUGUUAUAUUAGGGUUAACAAGGUCUCUAAUUAAAUCAAGAUUAAAAGGGAAAUAAUUCUCAGGAUUUGUUGCUUAACAGGUUAAACAUUCCUGGGCUGUUGCAUGCUGCAAGUGGCGAGAAACGAGAGGCUAAGGUCUUCAGGACCUGCAAACUCUGGUUCCUCAAUGAGUUCUGUUGAAACAUGGGAGGAAGUAGAAUUCAUCGUGAUCUUUGGGACACUGCUUGUAACUGAUUUCAGUAGCAAACACCUGCUAUAAUAUGGGAUUGUGAUACCAGGUCUGCAGUAAUGACAUCAAAGGGUGGAGCACAGUAGCCGGGUUUGGCAGGAACCUGCUAUAGUAAAUGACAAAUCCUAUAAAGGACUGCAACUGCAACACACCCUUUGGCCUUGGGGCAACCAACACUGCUUGAAUUUUCCCAGCACAUUUGUGUAAUCUUUCGCAUCAAUGGUAUGACCACAAGUAAACCGCAACUAAUUCUACUGCUGGCUUGGCUAAUAGGCAGCCUUUAUCGCCUACUCCUUACAAGCUCGAAAAACAGUCAGUGAGUUGCUUUCUUGAAAAGCUGUAGCCCUUCUGGUUCAAGUUCUCCAGAGUGGUCUUAGAUAAGAAGUAUCAGGAAUUACACACAGAGUCGAUGAGGAAAUAUUGGGAAAAAUGAGCGAUCCAAUGUUAAAUCUUCAGAUGAUAUUAGGAGAAGCAAUGCUGCCUUGUUCUCAAUGCUACCAUCAGGAAGGAGGUACAGAAGCAUGAAGGCAUACUCUCAAAGACUCAGAAAUGGUUUCUUCCCCUCUUCCAACUGAUUUCCGAAUGAACAUUGAACCCAUGAACAUUACCUCACUACUUUUUAAAUUUCUAUUUAUUUUUCUUUCCGUUAUUAUGUAUUGCAUUGUACUGCUGCUGCAAAGUCAACAAAUUUCACGGCACAUGCCAGUGAUAUUAAACCCGUUUCGGAUUCUGAUUCUGGCACAAAAUGGCAGGGGAGUUUUAGGUGAUUCUAUAUCCACAAAAAGAUCAUUAUGUCUGAAAUUGAGUGAAUUUUAUCUUUCCCAGAAUUGUUAGAGGAGGAUUAUGUGGUUGGUUGUGUCAAAAACUAUACACAAUGGGUAAUUGUGAUUGAGGGUAAGAAAGGAAAGAUUAAAUUUGUGGGUAAAUGAACUAAUAGCACAAACAGAAGCAAACAGGUAUGAUUGAAUUUCCAUUAUGAAAUAGGGUGACCAAAUCUGGAAGUAAUAUUCCAGAUACUCAACAUUUAUGAAGAACUGGCAGAAAGGAAAAGGGAAAGUUUAGAUUGUUCCAUUAUAAUGAUUUUUUUUUUACCAUCAUUAAAUUUUAAAGCUGUGGGUACGAGUUUUAUCAGGAAUUUUGAGAUUCGGGUGGAUUGUGCCAUGAACAUAAAACAGGUUUAUGCAACUUACUAAAACUCAGACAAAUGCUAUAUCAAAAACUGCUUGCUAUCAUGGUUUGUUUCGAGUACUUUUGAUAAGUGCUUAGUCUCUCCACUCCACUCCACGUGGUUGGCAGAGAGAACAGAGUUAAGCCUAAAGCCAUCCUCAUUCCAUUUAAACGUCCAUUGCUCUUCUCCCAUUCAUUUGCUUUAACCUUUGACGUAUAACUGAAAAUGUGUGUUGGUGUUCAGCAGCUAAAGAAUGGCCCAUGUUGAAAUAUGGUCCAAAGUAAUACAUUUUAGGUAAUUCUACUGAAGAAUCAAAAGUUAGUAAUAUAACAUUUUGUCGUGUUUCUUUGUGUGCAUUAUAAUGCAAUUAGAAAGCCAUUGAGGCAACUUCAAAAUUCAAAGUAAAUUUAUUAUCAAAGCACAUAUAUGCCACCAUAUACAACCCUGAGAUUUAUUUUCUUGCAGGUGUACUUAAUAAAUCCAUAAAGGAAUCAAUGAAAGACAGCAUCAUUGUCAUUGGGUGUAUUUAAGGCAGAGAUUGAUAAGUUCUUGAUUUGACAUGGGAGAAGGCUGGGGAGCGGGGCUGAGGAGGGGACAAAAGGAUUCAGCCAUGAUUGAUUGACGGAGCAGACCCAAUGGGCCAUAUGGCCUAAUUCUGCCCCUAUGUCUUAUGGUCUUGUGGUCUUAUCAACUUGGGCAUCCAACCAGGGCGUGAAAGACAACAAACUGUGCAAAUCCAAAAAGCAAGAAAUAAUAAUAAUAAAUAAAUAAGCAAUAAACAAGAAAAGAAGAGGGAAGAAAUACAAGUGUUUUCGCACAUUCAGAUACUUUCCAGUGCAUUUCCCAUGAGUGUUAUGGGUUGCUCCCACAUUCCAAAACCAUUCGUUGUUAAUUGGUUUCAGCAAAUUGGUAGGUGAUUGGUUGAAGAAUGAGGAAGGAAGUAGGUUACUAGGAAAUAAAUUGAGAAGUAGGGUUGUGAUGGGUUUACCCUGAGAAUUGGUAUAGACUGAAUAGACUAGAUUCCACUCUUAUGCAUUGUAAAAAGCUUGAAAGCUCUGCUUUCAGGUGCAUGAAAAGCUGUUUAUUUUCCCCUGUAAAAAUGGGAAGUUCCCAAUCCACGAACGCCUUACAUUUGUGGUUUGUACCUUUAUUUCCUAGUCAUUCUUUGUUCAGUUGUUAUUGAUAACAGUUCAUGAAAGAGAAUGAGAGAGAGACACAGCUAAGGUGGAACGGCUCCUACUAACAAAAGAGGAGCGGAACCAUUGAUUACUGCUAUUGUCUCUUGGAGAAGGAUUGUGUAUUGAGUACUGUUCUAUUCAUUGAAACCCCUCAGGGGGCAACCAGAGUGGGCUGAUUUGAUGGGUUACAUCAUCCCAACCUGAUUGACACCUGAGACCUUGUGAGUGGGGAUAAAAGUGAGGUCUGGGGUAACACCCCUCAGAUGCACCAGGAGAGACGCUAGUGAGCAUCAGAACCCCCACGAGACAGGGCGGGAGAUCAGAGACCAAACGAAGGGUCGGGAAAAUUUUAACUCACAGUGUUUUGUAGUGAGACCAGUGGGGGCUUGUGUGUGUGUCCACCCUUGCCUGGGUGACGAGUCCACCACGGAAGAACGGUCUAGCUAAAGGACGCUGGGGUCAUACGUGAAUGGCCACAACAACCACGCAUCGACGGAUCAAAAUCGUAAAGGAAGGUUAGCAAGAUAAUAGCUGUUACUGUUCACACAUUUUUUUUCUCUCGUCUCUCUGUCUCUCUCUCUCUCCAACAAUUGCAACAGCGACAAACAACUACCGCAGCCUACAUGAACUGAACUGAACUUUAUAUUUCCAUCUGACAAUUCAUUAUCCCCUAGACAACGAUAGAGCUUGUUUCAUUAGUGAUUAUUAUUAUACCCACACUUUUAGAUUUAGUAUUGCUAAUGUAUAUUCUCUGUAUAUUCGCAUUGAUAUUAUUUUGUAUAUUUUUGCUAAUAAAUAUUGUUGAAAAUAGUAUCACCAGACUCCAACGGACACUUCUAUCUUUGCUGGUAAGACACCCAGUUACGGGGUUCAUAACAAAUUGGGGCCUCGUCUCGAGAUUUGAUACCAAAUUGGAGGGCCAGCGAAUCGGGCUAUAAGUCCAGACUUGGAUCUGGUUGCGUGGGUAACCAGACGGGAAACCAGCAAAGAUGGACGUAGAUGAAUUUACACAAAACCCAACUUUGAAGGUGCUAGAGGAUGCCACAAAGAUGGACUUGGUAAAUAUUGCGAAAGGAUUAAAUCUCACAGAGGUGAAGUCGUCAAUGAAAAAGUGGGAGAUGCAAAGGGCCAUAGCUCAGUAUUAUAUUGAGAAGGAUGUGUUUUCAGCUGAGGUAUUGGAACAUAUCCCUGAAAAGGUACCAGCUAUUGGGACGGUUCAGUUAGAGUUGGAAAAAUUAAGGUUGGAACAUGAAUUUAGGUUAAAACAGCUGGAAGCAGAGGAAAGGGAGAAGGAAAGAGCUGAAAAGGAGAAGGAGAAACAGAGGCAGCAUGAGCUGGAAAUGAAGAAGUUAAAGCAAGAGAGAAGAGUCUCAGGGGCAGACCGAGAGGAGAGGUUUAAUGUUAGUAGGGAGUUUAGGUUAGUACCUCCAUUCGAGGAGACAGAUGUUGGUAGUUAUUUCUUGCAUUUUGAGAAGGUGGCAGUGAAUCAGAAGUGGCCCAGAGAUCAGUGGGUGGUGUAGUUACAAAGUGUGUUAAAAGGGAAGGCACAACGGGCAUAUGCGGCAUUGUCCAUGGACGUGUCUGCGGAUUAUGAGGAAAUAAAGCGGGCCAUCCUUCGGACCUAUGAGUCAAUCCCUGAAGCAUAUAGACAAAAGUUCAGAGAUUUAAAGAAAGUGUGGAAUCAGAGGUAUGCAGAGAUUGCCUAUGAGAAGGGUGUGCUCUUGGAUCGUUGGUGUGCGGCAGAAAAGGUGGAAGAGGAUUUCCGGCGUUUCAGAGAGUUAAUUCUGAUUGAGGAAUUUAAAGGUUGUGUUCCGGAUGAUAUCCGGACGUAUUUGAACGAGAAGUCGAAUAAGUCUAUAUCAGAAUUUGCCAGGUUUGCAGAUGAAUAUGCCCUAACCCACAAGACAAAGUUUUCCUCGAAUAAGAGUUACCAGAAAGACCGUAGGGACGGUAGAGAAAGCUCGCCAGCUGAGGCAGAAAUUCAGCUGGGAGCUAGUUGUAAAAGUAAGGAGGAGGAAAGGCAGGCUGGCAGGAGGGUUCCUAGCUUGACCUGUUUUAAUUGUGAAACGGUUGGUCAUAUUGCAUCUAAGUGCUUUGCUCCGAGGAAGGAGACAGGGAAAGGGAACGCAGCAGUCCCUACAGGGUGUAUUGUGUCGAUCAGCAAAUUGACGAGAAAGGCCCAGGUAGAUAAAAUACGAGAGGGGCGUGAGAAAUUUAUUUCAGAAGGGACAGUGUCUGUGAAAGAGGGAGAAACCCCAGUUCCAGUGCGGAUCUGGAGAGAUACUGGAGCUGAGCAGUCAUUGAUUCUCGGUAAGGUACCAGAUUUUGGUCCUGAGACUGGAGAGGUAGUUUUAAGAGGUAUAGGAAAAGGGACAGAAGCUGUGCCUUUGCAUGGGAUCAUUAUAAAUUGUGACCUAGUAUCUGGACCAGUUGAAAUAGGGGUAUGGUCAGAAUUACCGAGAGACAGCAUGGACGUCCUUCUUGGUAAUGAUUUAGCAGGGGGUGAGGUGUGUUCAGCCGUGAAGCUGACGAGCAAGCCUGUAAGUGUUGAGGACCCGCCUAUAGAUUCCAAGAUCUAUCCCGCAUGCGCGAUCACUCACAGCAUGUCGAGAAAGGCAGCUGAGAAAGAGACCGUUUUAAAUCAGUCCAGUGUUGAUUUGGCUGAGACGUUUUUACCGACCCUGUACCAAGACGGGUUAGAGGAUGGUAAAACGGAGAAUAGGGAGGUGGAAGAGAGUAAAGGAGAGGAGGUAGACCUACCCUUAGCCAAGAGGGAAUUUAUAGAGGUAAAGAGUAAAGAUGAGAAACAGAUAAGGCAGUUAGAAGGUCCAGGGUUGGACAUGGAUGAUCUGUCUGGCUUGACGGAACUGUUUGAAGAAGUUGAAAAAUUGAAAUGUGUUCCCGAUAAUGAUAUAAGGGCAGUCCUAGAUGAAAAGGAUGCUGUUACCUUGAAGGAUUCUGCUGGGUUAGCAGAUGAAGUUGUUUUAACCCGCAGGGUUGAGUUUACUCUGGAUGGGAGUUGCCCAGAGAGUAACUGGGAGGAUCAGGGGAACUUAGAAUUUGAAAAAGGGACUGGUAUGGAAAGCCUGGAAGAGGUAGAUGUCCAGUUUGAGUGUGUUCAGGGUAUGGAUGCACAUGGUACUGAACCUAGUAAUGAAACUCAGGAAAAGUCUGAGGUAUCUGAUUUAGUUGAAAAGGAAUGCAUCCUUUUGGGUCAGAUGGACUUGGUUCAGUGAAGAAAGGGUUAACAUUGGUACCAGUGGGAAGUGAGAAUUCUCAGUUGUUUGUGUUAGAAGGUGUGUUAAAAGUUAGUGAGGAGAUGGGAGCUGGUGAUGUGAAUAUUAUUAUUGAAGGAGAAGAGAAAAGUGUAGUUCCUAAAUUGAAUAAAGAAAAUUUAAAGUCUGGAUUGGUUUCAGAAGCAGUAACCAGCCUGAAGGAACAAUGGCUUGUUAACAAGGUGCCUGUGAAUCAAUUACAGUUUGUUUUGGAAUUUAAAGGUAAACAACUUGCAGAUGUUAAACUGAAAACUAAUAGAAUGAAGGGUCCUGAAGAUAAAACUAAUGACUUGCUUAAAAAUAAAGAAUUGUUUGGAAGUUCAGAAGAUGGGCUAAGUUUGGAAAACAUUGUUGAUAAAAUAACUCCUAUGAAAGGAGUAUGUGAAAGCCUAUUCCACACUGAUGAGCAAGCUAACCAUGUGAGAGUUAAAUGGAAAAGAGGCGACGGUUGACAAAAUGCCACUUUAAAUAACAGGAUCUGGUUUUGAGGGAUUUCGACAAAGCAUGUAAAUAAUAAAGACAACACCAUGGAAGAUUGACUGUUGAGUUUAAAAGUAAAAUAAAGAUUAGUAUUUGCAUAAACUUUUGUAAGGUACCACAGUAUAAUCACACAUGUAUUGGUUCACAUUUUGUAAUAUACACUUAAGCUAAGAUAACAACCAUUUAGUUUUUUUGUGCUGACGAAAAGGAAUAAAAUAGAUGGUUAUUAAAUUGGAGUCUGAUGCUGCAAGAAUUUGAUAUUAAGAUACAGCAUAUUAAAGGAAGUGAUAAUGUACUCGCUGACUGCUUAUCUAGAUGCUAAGUUGAAUGUAUAUCUGUAUUGUUCUGUAGUUAAAAAAUUCUUCUGUAUUUUGUUAGAUUCUGUAAUUCUGUAAGACUCUGUAUUAGUUAAUUUUCCUUUUUGGUGAAAAUUCCUAGAAGGAUGGGGGUGUUACGAAGGAUGAACAACUCUGAUGGGCAGAAGGGUGCAGAGUGGCCCAUGCCCCCCCUUUUUUGGAGAAUCGCAAAUCGCUACUACUUCGAUGCUGCUAACAAGGAAGUAAGAGAGUCAAAAGGAAAUCUGCCAGGGCAGUUGUUAUUGAUAACAGUUCAUGAAAGAGAAUGAGAGAGAGACACAGCUGAGGUGGGACGGCUCCUACUAACAAAAGAAGAGCGGAACCACUGAUUACUGCUAUUGUCUCUUGGAGAAGGAUUGUGUAUUGAGUACUGUUCUAUUCAUUGAAACCCCUCAGGGGGCAACCAGAGUGGGCUGGUUUGAUGGGUUACAUCAUCCCAACCUGAUUGACACCUGAGACCUUGUGAGUGGGGAUAAAAGUGAGGUCUGGGGUAACACCCCUCAGAUGCACCAGGAGACACACUAGUGAGCAUCAGAACCCCCACGAGACAUGGUGGGAGAUCGGAGACCAAACGAAGAGUGGGUAAAUUUUAACUCACAGUGUUUUGUAGCGAGACCGGUGGGGGCUUGUGUGUUUGUCCACCCUUGCCUGGGUGACGAGUCCUCCACGGAAGAACGGUCUAGCUAAAGGACGCUGGGGUCAUACGUGAAUGGCCACAACCACCACGCAUCGAUGGAUCAAAAUCGUAAACGAAAGUUGGCAAAAUAAUAGCUGUUACUGUUCACACAUUUUCUUUCUCUCAUCUCUCUCUCUCUCUCUCCAACAAUUGCAACACAGCGACAAACAACUACCGCAGCCUGCAUGAACUGAACUGAACUUUAUAUUUCCAUCUGGCAAUUCAUUAUACCCCAGACAAUGAUAGAGCUUGUUUUAUUAGUGAUUAUUAUUAUACCCGCACUUUUAGGUUUAGUAUUGCUAACGUAUAUUCUCUGUAUAUUCGCAUUGAUAUUAUUUUGUAUAUUUUUGCUAAUAAAUAUUG